AUGGAGGUGAGCACCGUGUCCCCUCUUUUAACCUCACCCAACGAUGGACUUGGUCUGUGUGAGAUCAUUGUCUCCAGUGUGGCCAUGCACAUUGUGAUACUGCUCAUCGGCCUCUGUGGGCUGGCUGGGAAUGGGGCUUUCCUCUGGCUCCUCCACAUUAAUGCCAUCACUGACUUCAUCUUAAACCAUGCCAUCACUGACUUCCUCUUCCUCAUCUUCAUGGUCCCCUCCACCCUGCUCUUCCUUGUGGAGGAACUGUCCUGCUCUGCUAUAAUGCCCCAAAUGUAUUCGAGCUUGCUUUUCCAGCUGUCACUGUUCACCCACAAUUUAGGGAUGGCCCGGCUGAUGUUCUUCAGCAUUGAGAGGUGCAGGUCCAUCCUCUGCCUGUUUUUCUGUGGUUGCCAACUUCCUGAGCGCCUGCUGUGGGUGGUAAUGAGUGUCCCAUACUGGGCUUUCCUCUUCAUUUUCAUUGCUGUCAAUCCAGUGGUGACCUCCCUGUGCGAGUCACACAAGCAGGAGCAAUGCCAGGUGGCUCUCACCUCCAUGUACGCCCUCAGCCUCUUCCUAUUUGCUGCACUCAUGGUCAUUUCCAGCACAAUCUUCUUCAUCAAGCCAGGCUCCCAGCAGCAGCAACACAGCCGGCUCAGCAUUGUUAUCAUCCUCGUUGCACUCUUCAGUCUACCCCUCAGUCUCUGGUCUUUCCUGCAGCAGCUCGGUUACACAGCUGUGCCCUCCCAGGUGGUUUUCCUGCUCACCUGCAUCCACAGCAGCAUCAAACCCUUCAUCUACUUCUUGGUGGGGAGCUGGAAGAGAGCCUACUCCAUGAGGAGCUGCUGGAGACACUGCCCCAUGCAGAGCUGCAGGAGGCACUCCUCUGUGCAGUCCCUAAGGAAGGCGCUCCACAGGGUGUUCGAGGAGCCAAAAGAAAACACUGCCUGUGGAGAUGAUCUAACCAUGGACACUGGGGUCUGAGCCUGUUGAUCCCUUGCACUGCACUGCUGAAGGACCCUGGGACAGUGGCUGAGAGAUUCCUUGAGUCUCCUGGUGAGUAAAUGCCCACAGUGUCACCCUCCCUGUGCUGGGGCAUCCCCAGCCCCUUUCCAGGCCGCUCUGGGCUCUGAUCCGUGCUUGUGAGGCCUCAGCCUUGAGGAGCAGCCCCUGGGCUCAGCUGCUCUGGCGCUGAUCAGAAACACCCUCUGCUCCCAGGAACUGCUGCUGUCCAACCACCUCCUGGGCCUUUAUCAACAGCCUUGGGAAUUGUUUUCCUUCCCUGAAGGCCACAGCAUCCCUGCUCUCCCACUUUCCCAGAGAGCUGCCUGCCCGAAGUGUGGCCAGGGUGAAACAUUGCUGUGAGUGACGCCCAUCCCUUGGGCCUGUGAGCAGCGGCCCAAAAGGAGACCCUUGGAGCUCUCCUGGGCCCAGCAGCGCUGAGCAGAAGCUCCCUGGGAGUGGGGCCUCUCCGAGCUGGGAUCUCUCCCGUCUGCUGCCCUCGGCUGAUCCCCGAACGCCGACGGCUCCUGGGCCGAUCCCCCAGUGCUCCAGGCCCAGCCCUUGGCCCAGUGAGGAGAUGCAGAGGGAUCCCCAGGGAGCAUUUCACUGCCUGCCAGGGGAAUUUCUCACAGGGACCUUGCACUGACUCUUUCUGGCUCUGUGCACACACGUGUGCAGCUGCUGUGGCAAAUGUGGCACAAAUGCUGCUCUCUCAGGUGUGUUAGUGCCUGAGACAUCAGAGUGGGUCAGGCUUGGAAGCAAGUAUCAGGCAUAAAAAAGGUUAAAUAUUGCUACUUGAUUUUCCUCUGCUGAAUUGCUAAUAUUAAUGUAUAAAUGAAGUACUCUUAAGUUGGUGUGCUGUAAAGGGUUUGGGCCAUUUUCCUUUAAUCCUUACCUUCACUGUCCUUUUGUCACCUGCCCUUGAACACUCACACACACAAACACACACACAGGGACAGCACUUUGGUGUGCUCUUGCUUAGUAUUAAACCUGGUUUUCACUGAUAUCCUUCCUGCUGGUUUUGUGCCUUCAGAAAUUCUCCCUCUGCCCUGGCUUUGGCCUCUCCCUCAGCAGGCUCGGAUGGUUCAGCUGCAAGAGGAGGGGGAGUCCGUGGUCCUCAGCACAGCCACCCCCUUCCAGGAGCAGGGUGACAUCUGUGUUUGUCACCGUUGUCACCACGGGGCAUCAAUCCCCACCCUGUGGCUUUGCUGAGGUCUCUGAGCUCAGGAUGUUCAGCCUGGAGAAGGGAAGGCUUCAGGGAGCCUUAGAGCCCCUUCCAGAGCUUUAAGAGGCUCCAAGAACUGGAGAGGCGCUUUGGACAAAGGCCUGGAGUGACAGGACAAGGGGGAAUGGCUUCCACUGCCAGAGAACAGGUUGAAGUGGAAUAUUGGCAAGAAAUUCUUCCCUGUGAGGGUGGAGAGGCCCUGGCACAGGUUCCCACAGAUGCUCUGGCCUCCCCAUCGCUGGAGGUGUUCCAGGCCUGGCUGGAUGGGGUUUGAAGCAAUCUGACCUGGUGGAAGGUGUCCCUGCUUGCAAAGGGGUGAGAUCAGGAAAAAACAACCACAAGUAUUCCCAAGAUUGAGGAGGAGGUCGAUGAGCUCUGGUGAAGGGCUGGAAGGGGCACCACAGCACCCCAAAAUCUGGUCUCCAGUAACUUUUAUUGCAUCAUCAAUGGUAUUGGCAGUAAGAAAUGUGGGCUCUGAUGCUGAUAACCUGGCUGCAAGCCUGUCGUGGUUUGGCUCUGGCCAAACACCAGGCACCCGGGAAAGCUCUUUGCUCACCUUCUCUUGCUGUCAGCUGGGGGAGGAGCGGGAAACAAAAAUUAACAACAGGCUCAUGAAUUGAGAUGGGGACCGGGAGAAAAUAACACUCCAAGAAUAGAAAAAAACAGGUUCAAAAUAAAUUGUAUUAAGUAAAUGUAUUAUUAAGAGAUUCAGAGGAUGAUAAUGAGAAGUAAAAUAAAACUUAAAACACCUUUCUUUCCCCCAGCCCCUCCCUCCUUCCCACUGACAGUGCAGGGAGACAUGGCGUGGGGUUUUUGGUCAGUUCAUCACUUGAGAUCUUUUCUGUUCGCUGAGGGAGAGGAGUUUUUUUGUGCUAGGUCAUGGGGUCUCUCCCACGGGAGACAGUUCUCCAUGAACUUCCUCCGUGUGGCUCUAAUCUCGCCAGCAGCAGUCCUGACAAAACUGUUGCAACGUGAGUCCCCCCCAGGAGUAAACAGUCUCCUCCAAACUGUUAUGGCUUGGGUCACUCUUCCACGGGAUGCAGUCCUCCAAAGACAGGCAGCUCCACUUUGGAAGCAAGGGACCUCUCUGUAUCUCUCUCUCUCUGCUCGGGUCUUGCCCUCCACAAGGUUUUUCCUGGGCCACACCGGGAUGGCAGUGGCCGCGGCGCGUCACCGCUCACCACACCGGGAUGGC